AUGAUGUUCACCAAGGCCCUCGUUGCUGCUACCUUUGCUGCCCUCGCUGCGGCUCUCCCCCAGCCUACCGUUGUCCGUCGCCAGGGCGGCGGUGGAGGUGUCACCAUCGUCAACAACAUGGAUACCGACGUCUACGCGUGGUCUGUUACUGAUAGAGUCAGUAACAUGCAUACCCUCUCUGCGGGCGGCGGAUCCUACACCGAAUCGUGGCAAGAAAACUCCAACGGCGGCGGCGUCUCCAUCAAGCUGUCCACCCACCAGGACCAGACCGACGUCCUGCAGUUUGAGUACACCCAGUCCGGCGACACCAUCUUCUGGGACAUGUCGUGUAUCGACAUGGACCGUGCUGCCUCCACCUUCACCCAGCACGGUUUCGACGUCUCCCCCAGCCAGACCUCGGCCGACUGCCCCGCCGUCAACUGCCACGCUGGUGACGCCUCUUGCGCUGAGGCCUACCUUCAGCCCAAGGACGACCAUGCCACCCACGGCUGCCCCAUCGACACCAGCUUUACUCUGAGCCUCGGCGCAUAA